GGCGAUAACUUCCUGGCGUAGUUUGGAAAGAUGAUUGAUAGUUUGUUUUAGCGUCUAGUACUUGAAUUUAUAUUAACAUAGUUAUACAUACAAAUUAGUCAAGUGUUAGUCGACUGUUAAUUUUUGCCAUCGUAUUUGACAAUUGAUAGGGUCAUUAAAUCGUCUCUCGUCUCUGAUGUGCCCUUGUCUCUUUAGAGAGAAGAGAACAGCUGCCUCAUUACUGUCUUUCCCAAAAGAGGUCAGCUCUGAUUCCACUUCAACAGCAAUGAGCAAAACACUAGAAGCAAGUAAAUACAAUGUGGUGACGGAAACAUUGUCAAAUGAUCCUCAAACACAGUGCCCGGAAAUCCCAGCCGCUGCUCAAAAAGGAAAACCGCGAACAAAGAAAAAGAACAAGAACGCAAAAGAUAUCGCGGCCAUGGCUGCCCCAGCCACUCUGAAGAAAGUGUCUGAUGUUGGAGCACCGACACACGAAGAAGAAGCUGAUGCUCACCUGGCAUCCUGCAGCACAAGAAUCGUAAACAUGCCUGUUCUGACCCAAAAGUAUUUUAAAGAGGGAACAGAAAGAAUCCAUUUGUUUAUGGACACAAAGCCACAUGAUGUCAGGCUAGACAUGCGGGGCAAGCAGGCCACCCCGAAUAUUGUUUUGGAAAACAAGUGCGGCGAUACAUUUACUGAAGUAAUGCCGUCUUCUGCUCCAAGGGAAGAUGCUUCACUAGGGUUCUCUGUGACCUCAAAGCAAAAGCAUGACAGAGUGAGAGAGCCCUGUGUUGUAGAUCUUUUGCCAUCAUGCCCACAGCGCUCUGUCAUUCCUGGGAUUUCCUCUUUAGAACAGCAUCUGGUUGUAGAUUGGCCAACCGAUGGGAUAUCACCACUGGAAAAGUUACCCAGCAAGAGAAUGGUGUCGUGUGCACAUUCAAAUUAUAAGCAUUUACUCUGUGAUGAUAAUAUGGUAAGCAUGAUAUCAUCCUGUCCCAAAUCGCCCGGUAUUCCCGGAUUUCCAACUGUUCCGAAGCAUGAGCCAAAUAUGGUCAAUAUCCUUCCCUCAUGCCCCAGAGUUACAAGUGUUCCAGGUUUAGCCUCCACUCCGUUGGAUUCUUGCUAUAAGGAAAGCAUCAUGGAUAGAAGUGUUCUUUGGAGCAAAAAAGUACAGAUAAAGGAGCAGUUCACUGUCCACAUGUCUGGCAGGCCAGACACAUAUACAGAGAAUUUAACGGACAUGGUACUCAUGUUACCAGCCUGUCCCAGGACGGCACUCAUCCCCGGGUUUCCCUCCUCACCAAGACAAGAGGCAAGCUUUGCAAAACUUCUGCCCACAUGUCCAAAAGUUGCCAGAGCUUUGGGCAUGCCCUCUCAAAUAUGUAUCGAAGGUGCAGAUAAGUACUGGCAUAAGGAUACACCCUUGCUUUGGUACGGAACAUUUAAGAACAGAGGAGGGCUUUUUUCGCAUCUCAAUCAUAAUGUGGCCAGUGUUCAUUCUAAGAUGGUUGCCAUUCGGCCUUCAUGUCCUGUGAAGUCCAGUCUCCCUGGUUUUCCCUUAGCCCCCAAAAGAAUAGCACCCAGUAUUGUCAGUAAUUUUUUUACAUGUCCGAUGGCAAGCAGGAUUGCAGGUGUCAGCACCAGGAAACCACUGAAUUCAGACAGCAGUACUACCUGGUUGGAUCUGAAAACCAAUGUAUUAUGCAGGCCGUCGAGCAAUGAACGUUGUCAUGUUGUGGAUGAAAUAUCCAAAAUUAGUACUGAUUUUCUUAACAACGAAAAUAUGUUACCAUCUUGUCCAAGCAGAAAAACCAUCAAUGGUUUCCCCUUUGCCCCUAGGAAGGCACCCAGUAUGGUAAACCUUCUGCCUACUUGUCCAAAGGUGGUCAAAGUUUUAGGUUUAGCGUCUAUAACGUGUGUUAAGAGUGGAGAGAACGUUUGGGACUUUGGUAAUUCCUUGUGGCUAAAGCCAUUGGCUAAAGAAGGUACACUCAUGGGUCGUUGCCAAGAGAUUUUGUGCAGUAAUCACAGUACGAUGAAAGCCAUGGUAGAUAUGAUGCCCUCUUGUCCACAAAACGCCAGAAUACACGGUUUUCCAUCCACACCAAGGCAAGAGAUCUCUAUUGUUAGCAUGCGGUCCACUUGCCCCAGAAGGUCAAGGGUCCCUGGUUUUCCUUCUAAAGAACCAUAUAGCUCAUAUGGUAAGGAUGUGGAAACUUGUAAACAGCUGGUAUUAGGGCAGCCCUUAAGGAAAUGUGAAUUGUUGAUCAAAGGUGACCUCAUAAGGCAUUUCCAUUGCCCUGAUAAGGGAAAAUGGUGUAGUUCCGUAACUAUGUUGCCAUCCUGUCCUUCGAAGUCUCUAAUCUCCGGUGCUCCCUCAGCACCCCGGAAAUCGACACAUAGUAUGCUGAAUCUUGUAGAUACAUGCCCUCGACAGACCCAUGUUUGUGGCUUACCAUCAGGGAGUUGCAAUCAUUCUGAAAGCAAAGGCUGGUGUUCUCAAAAUAAACAGAUAAUAAAAAACAGACCAGCACAGAAACGAUGCACUGAAAUUCUAAGGUGUGAUCCUGGAGAUGCAAAAUCCACGGAAAGUAUGGCUGCGACAUUGCCUUCUUGUCCUGAGAUUACAAGUGUUCCUGGUUUCGCCUCUGUGUGGAGGCAGACAUCAGCUCGCAAUCUAAAUAUGCAAAAUAUGGAACCUACUUGUGCAAAAAUGUCUAGAGUUUCUGGAAUGCCAUCUUUAAACCAUAGUAUAGCAGCUUAUUGGUCCAUCGAUAAACAGUCACAUUUAAGUCCUAAACUGAGAUCAGUGCUCCAUUUUGAGAAGAUGUAUUCACUUGAUUCUGACAUGGUCACAAACAUGGUAUCUAUGUUAGCAUCAUGCCCAAGAGAGGCUCAUUUGCCAGGCUUCCCAUCUAACUCAAGCAGUGUUUUAGCAGAUUUACCAAGUAUGCUACAUCUUCAGCACAUUUGUCCAAAGCAUUCUAGAUGUUCCGGAAUACCUACCAGAUAUCCCUCGGAUCUAGAUGAAGAUAUUUGGAAUGAGGAUAAAGGAUUGAUUUGGGAAAGACAAGCAGGGAACAGAAAAAGUAAGAAAGUAGUCUAUGGUGAAAGGAUAUCUCAGAGUGAAAAACACAUGGUUAAAAUAAUGGUGUCAAUGUUACCGCCCUGUGCCAAGACAUCUUCUAUCCCUGGAUUUCCUUCCAAGUUUCCUCAAAGUAAACACACAUCUGUGAACAAUGAGCCUACUUUUCCAAAACGCUCAGAGAUUCCAGGUCUACCUGCCAUAAACCACACGGCUAACCAAGAUGACUGGCGGGUACACAGAAAUAUUAUUUGGCAGAAAGGGUUAGGUAUGUGUCAGGGACUUCAGCUCAGUUGGACCAUGAAGGAGUUGCCACCGAGUGACAGGGAAAGGAUGCUACGUAUUUUGCCACUAUGUGCUCGACGUGCCCUCAGCCCAGGCUUUCCGUCUGCGGAACUAUUGUUUGUUGAACGAUCCAUAUCCCCGAACCAAGAUGGAGACGAGGUUACUGGGCAAAGGAUGACCGGCGAGGCAUCUUCCUGUUCUAAAGGGUCCGUUGUCACUGACCUUACGCCAGCACAUUCAGAACAUUCAGGAGACAAAUACUUGAAUGGAACCAAAGAGGACAUGUUGCUUCAACCUGAUGCAAUCCAAUAUUCAUUUAAUGAAAAAGAAGUGGAGUUCCAAAGUGGCUCGGCGUCUGGUAGUCAUAAAAUGGAAAAGGGAUUUUGGACGCAAAAUGAGACUGAAGACGUAGGAACUCGAGUUGAAUUGAGUGAGGCAAACAGGUAAAGAAGAUCAUGCGUUCAUGACUGAACCUUUACAGACAAUUGUGUGCUUACCCAUCAGCGAAUUAGUGACUGAACGACCUGUCUUUCAAAUUAUAUUUCCAGACACUUACACUGCAGAAUGUGGCACUCGGCUCCUGAUUUGGCCUUAGUCUUGAGUGUGAGAGAGAGAAAUCAAAACAUGGUUUCACUGCUCCCGUCGUGUCCCCCUGCUGCCGUUGCACUGGGGUUCCCAGCCAUCAACAUCCACCCCGAACCAGGGCCUACCGACCGGAGCAUACUAUGGGAGCAGCUCCCCAAGACCGCUGCGCAGCUAUAUACUGGAGGACACGAAGAGGAGAGCAUGGGGAUGAGAGAUAUGGUUGAUAUGGGGCCUUCAUGUCCCAUGGCUGCAAAACUCCACGGAUUCCCUUCGAAAAGAGCAGAAUUGGAUGAAGGAAAGACAGAAGAACCAAGCACUCCAUAUCAUUUUGACCAAAACACAGUGGCUGAUACUCACGGAUUACCUUCACUUGAAAACAAGACAGGCAGUAGUACGGUGGCUGAAUUAAAUGAAGACAUGGGUGACAUCCAGCAGUCCUGCGACAAAAGGACCGAUCCCCCAAAUGUUUGCAAGGACAUUGUCCUGCAACCUUGCCCUUGUGUAAUCAGUGACAGAUUGAACAUGGUUGAUAUCUUGCCCACUUUCCCAAAUAUAUCUAGUAUACCUGGUUUAUCAUCCAUCUCUCAGUGUGAUGAUGCCUCGUGGGCUUUUAUUCCAGACACACUAUUUGAGAAGAAAAAUAUACAUUUAAGCAAUGUUCUGACGGACAUUUCCCAAGAAGAAAGAGAUCAAAUGAAAAUGAUGCAUUUGGUACCAACAUGCCCGAGGCAAUCUAAGAUAGCUGGAUUUCCGUCAGUACCUAACCCACAUUUAACAGUUAUUUAUAGAGAAGAUAUGGUUAGCCUGUUACCUUCUUGCCCAAAAGUCUCCUGUAUCCAAGGUGUUCCAUCAUCACAAGAGUCAUCGAACAAAACAUGGCUAACAGAUAGCCCACCUCUCUUCGAAAAACAGAAAGAAACCACUGCAAUGGUCAUCAAAGAUACAUUAAACACAGACACAAUGAAACCAAUGUUAGCUCUGAGUCCAACCUGUCCCAAAGAAGCUUCAAUCCCUGGCUUUCCCUCCAAGCCAUUAGUGAUCCAUCAUCCACCUAAUGUAUUCAACCUUUUUCCAUCAUGCCCUGUAGUCUCUAAUAUUACUGGGUUUCCAUCAAUCCAGACAGCUGAAUGCAAAAACUGGCCAUCAAAUUGUCAGCCAUUGUGUGAGAAGCAAUUCAGGGAGACAGCUUUAUUCGUACCGCACAAAUAUGAAAUGACGAAAGAACUGACUGGAAUGUUGUCCCUUGUACCAAGUUGUCCUAAGGAGUCACACACUCCUGGGUUCCCCUCUGUGCUGCUCCCCAAGAAGCUUGACUUUGGAAAGGUGCCAAAUAUGGUGUGUCUCUCCACUUAUUGUCCAAGGGUCUCACAAAUACCAGGAUUCCUCUCCUCUCAAUAUACACAAUGUCAAGAGUGGGUGAUAAGCAACGAGCCAUUGUGGGCCAGAACUCCCCGGGAUAAGGAGCUCUUGUUAACAGACCGCAAUGAAAAGGAUUGGGACACCUUGAAGGCAAUGGUUUUCCUGGUACCUUCCUGUCCAAAGGAGGCACAGAAUCCAGGAUUUCCAUCAGUUCCAAAUCCACACAUAGAUAAUUAUGGUCUGCAUAACAUCAACCAGCUCCCGUCAUACCCAAAUGCUUCCAGUAUUCAAGGAAUGCCUUCGAUUAAGAGGGGGGCCGAUGCCACUUGGGUGCAAGAGCCAAGGGAGAUAUUACUGAAGGGAUCAGUGUUGAAGGAGAAUGUCAUGUUAAAUGGAUCCCAAGUUAACUCAGAAGACAAGAAUAAUAUGUUGUUUAUUGUGCCCUCCUGCCCUGAUGCUGCCAUUCUGCCUGGGUUCCCAUCGAUUCCAAAUCCCAACAUAUUACAUCAUGAGCCGAAUAUGGUAAAUCUCCUCCCACUGUGCCCUCAGUAUUCCAAUAUAUGUGGAUUCCCAUCAGUUGAAGGAGUCAUUGGAUUAGAAUGGGUUGCUGAACCUUGUUCUUUAAUAAAGCGACCACUGAAAAUUAAACAGUUUAUGAUUGUAAAAUCUACGAUUGGCGCAGGCGAAUCAAACAAUAUGUCGGCCUUGGUUCCCUCUUGCUCAAGAGCACCAAUGCUACCAGGCUUCCCAUCAGCCCCUCAGUGCAGUAUGUCAAAACUACGACCGGUUUGUCCUAAAGAGUGCAUUUUCCCUGGUGGUGCAACGCUUCACGGAACUACAGAACUACAAUGGAUUUCUGCUGAAGACGAGUCGAUCGAGCCAAAGAGUUUGUCAGGCAACCUUCAGAGAGCCAGCAUUUUCACAGCAGAAGGUCCCAUCAAAGACAGAGAAACUCUGAAAGCAAUGCUAGCCCUGGCUCUAAUAUGUCCUCAGGCGUCAACAAUUCCUGGGUUCCCUUCUGCGCCUAGAUCCAAGAAGGAGCCCCAUGAUAGCAGCCUCAUGCCUCACUGCCCUAAAGCUUCAGCUAUCGCAGGAUUCCCAUCUGUGACUCCAGUCAAAUGCACAGGUUGGUUAAUGGACCCCAUACUCCUAUGGAUGAGGUCUGACAGCAAACCAUUGGACAUGAUCAUGCCCCCCCCAUAUAGUUCCAACGUCACAUCAAGUAUGAUGACAUUGCUGACAUCCUGCCCUAAGGCCACUCGGGUGCCUGGUUUACCGUCUGCUCCUGUUGUAAACAGAGCCCCGGACAUGGUCAGUUUGUACGCAUCCGCACCAUGCUGUUCAACAAUUCCAGGUUUUCCAUCAGCAAGAAUGAUAACCUCCUCAGCUAUUGACAAAAAGGACCGGACACAUGACACAAAGACCCUCACCAAGAAUCUGCCAAAGAAGAUGUCUAUUGCGGAGUGGACCGCAGUAGACAAAGGGAAUAUGAAACAUCUGGCAUUAAUGGCUCCAUCGUGUCCAUCUGUGGCUCAGACUCCUGGGUUCCCCUCCAUUCUGCCCCAGACCCCGACAAUGAGUCAGGCAGUUGUCGGUUCUAUGCCGAUAACCGAUGACUCUAAACCACAAGAACCGCAACAUGCAGACCCUGGUCAGUCUUCUCCUAUAGAAGCAAGCAGCAUUGGCUUCACCUCUCCAUCUAUGAAAGUCCCAGCUGUGGAACAGGGAAAUGAAUUAAAAUCUAAAGAAAGUUCAAAACAAGCCUUUGUGGUCGCUGGAAACCCGCUAAUAAAGAAGCCUAAAGCAGAGGAGGUGGACACUGCCAAGGUGCAUUUGGAUCCACCGGAACCGGAUUUAGUCUUAGGUUGGGAAGUAUUGGAAGCAGAAGGCACAGUGACAGCUCAGGAAAUGGAGUCAUCCUUGUUAGUAAAAGGGAAAGAAAAAUCAGGACUAGUCAAUACAAUUGUGGGGGUUUUCAACAGAGGUUAUGAGACUGUAGCGUCCAUUUUGGGGCCAUCUGGUUCUGGUGCAGCUGAAGCUGUCCGACCAAAGAGUGUCUCGUCCUCACUGGCUCCCGAGUCCAACGAUUGGACCAUCCCGUUCGGCGGGUUUCCUCCCCUUUCCCAAGACAACAUUGCUUUAAUAGAGACAGCCAAUCACGAGGGCCUGAGUGAAAGUGAAAGCAAACCAGGCAUAGAACCCCCGAUGAGUGCGGAGCCCUACAUGUGGGAUCUCGCAGGGGAGGAUCGGUCAGCAUCGGUGUCCUCAGAGGGCAGCGACGGGUCACCAGAAGUGGUUGGCUCGACCGCCAUGAAGAAAUGGCCACCAUUGACCGAGGCAGAUAUCGAUGAAAUAUCAAAGGCACAGCUUGAGGGAGCAGAGAAAGAGCAGGUCUCCUUUGAUCCAUGGGGCAGCAAGGAUCGAUUGGUCCCAAAGCAGAGGUUGGAUCAAUCCUUGGUUGAAGGUGGGACUACGUGCCAGGCUGAGAUAGGACAAAAAGGGGCUGAAAAUGCACUCCUGGAGAAAGGGCAAAGCACAGGGGAAGCACCUACCCCCGCCAUGGACUCAACAGCAAUAGAGGCUGUGGUUACUAAUAACGAUGAAGAACAUAGCGAGAUGACUUCCAUUCUAGUUCCACCCCAGUCAAAGGUUCUCCCCCAGCAAGAGGCGCGAGAGAGCAAGCCCGAUCCCCUGGUCCCCAAACGCAACGCAUUCCACCUUGAAAACGCACCGAACGACGUGGCCGAUGUUGACCCUCCGACAGAGAUUGUUCCGACACAGCCAUCUGCUGAAAUAGUCCCUCCCCGCAGAACCAAGAGAAAGACCGGGAUACCUUCACCACAUGUCCAGAAGAAAGCUGAUACACGAGAAACUGAAACUCAAGAAUCUACACGGGUGGUUUCCUCACAGCCGACAGAGGUGAGCAGCUGUGGUAGUGGAAGCGCCGGUAGCAGUAUCGCUGCAGAUGGAGUGGAGUUACCAAAAGACAAACGGGAAUCCGUGCAAGUACAAGGAGGUCUCGUCCCUCCGCGUCGCCUCAGGAAAAGAGAUGAAACUACACCGGUCGAAACGCUGCAGAAAAUGAACGAUUUUUCCCCGACACUCCCUGAAAUCCCACAGAAGCUAUCCAGGAAAAAGGGCAAGUUGAGCAAAAAUUGUCCUGUUCUGAUAACCGAAGUGCAGCCGUCCUUUGAUGUCCAAGCUAGAUGUGAUCCAGUAACAUCUGUAACGCCAUCUAUACCACUGCCCUCUGUGGGAGCCAAAAAUGCUUCAAGCAAUGCCGAAAGCGAUGAUGGAUCCGGCGAAUUAGUUGACAUGCUUUAUAUAAGGGUGCAAGUGACCGAAGAGGAUUAUCCAACUGAUCAGUAUGGAGAAACUGAUGUUUCUGAUAACGUUAAACAUCCAGAAUGGGUUUCCCCGGAACAGAAAUACCCCGGCCAGUCUUCUCUGAAUCGAUCAAGCCAGUCUGACCAGCAAGCAGAAAGUGAAUCAUCUGCUGAUUUUGGUGUCAGGCCGACAGAGUGUCUCUCAAUUAUCAGAAAGAUAGCCCCUCCUAGAUCAAUAAAGAAGAAAGUGCCUUCGUCCAACUCUAUCAGCAAAACAGUCAAUGAGGGGGAAAAAUAUGACAAGGAGGAAACCCUGAUGCAGGCCCAGGAAGUGCCUCCAAUUCCCGAUGCUCAGAAAUCCGAACAAGUGUCUCCCGUCCCUCUAACACCGGAGGCCAACAAGAAGGAUACACCAGUGUCUGUCCCUAUCCCUAUGCCCAGGGCGAAGAAACGUCUCAGCGGAUCCUUCCCUGAUGCCGCGCCCGUCGAGGGAACGUCUCCUGGUUCUUCAGUUCGGCUCAGUAGAAGCUCUUCCAGAGACGACGCGGCCAAGCCCGGCAGGCAGAGAGGACGAAGGUCAGUCACGCCUCUGUGUUUGGGAAGACUGGAAACAACUCAAAUCAAGAAACGGAGCCGUAGCCUUCCUCCCCUUCCUCCUAUCGAUCAUCUGACGGUGCCCACUGUGUGCCCCAGGAGAAGUCGCCUGAAGGCUGAGAGCAAAGAUAAACUGGUUGGUGGGGAUGAUGCCUCUGAGACCAGACCGUCAGGCUUGCCUGUGGCAAAACCCAGGAUCAGGAAACGUUUAAGCGGAUCCUUCCCGGAAAGCUUCACACCAGCAGCGGGUUCGUCAUGUCCCUCGUCGACGGAAAAAUCUAACAAAAUGGUGGGCGAUGAAACGGUGCUGCACGGUGCUGAACAGGCGAGCAUCUCCCCUCCGAUUCCUAUGCCACGUCCCAAAAAACGACUCAGCGCAACUUUUCCAGACAGUACACCUCCUCCGGAAUCUGUGCUCUCCACGGACACGGAAAGCUGGGGUAUAAAGCCGGAGGUUACAUCUUCCCAUCACCAGGAUGCGACAGAAUUCUCACCGUCGUUGGAAUCAGGCUCUCGGUCUGAAGGAGGCUUCGUCACAAUCCUUGGGUCAGAGUACGCAACUUUGAAAUCGGAUCAAGAGGCCAACAAGGUACAAGUUUCCUCCGAGGUGGAACUUCCUCAACCGGAAUCUGUUGGAAAUGCGGUCCUGAGAGCGAAUGCUAAGGAGCAGGGCGUCGAAGACUGGACUUUUACUGAUAAAUCUGCGGGGACACAAGAUGCUGAAAGCGCUACGGAGGCUGUGGCUGAUCAGACUGAAGGUGGAAUUGGGUUGGAGGCUGAACCUGAGAAGGGCUUGGCUUCGACUGCCACAGCUCCUGUAGAUGACUGGCAGCAUUUAGAGAAGAUGAACGAAAGUGAGCCGACAGAUUUCACUGCGGGUCAGGAGGUGGGAGCUGAAGAGGGGGGCUUUUGCCUUCUGUCAGUAGCUGCCGGUGAUGUAGAGGAAGAAGGCCAGGGUGAGACGACAGAAACACCCUCAGACCCACCGGUUCCGGUUCCUCGUGGCAAGAAGCGUUUAAGCGGUUCUUACCGGGACAGUGAGCUAAAGACACCCCAGAAAGGAUCUGCAGAGGCCCCAGAUGCUGAAAGCCUGGUGGCCAGCGCGGAGCUUGUGACAUCCAGUAAGUCGUUACUACAUUGGUGCCAGGAAGUGACAAAAGGCCACAAGGGGGUCAAAAUAACAAAUUUCAGCACAUCCUGGAGGAAUGGUCUGGCCUUCUGCGCCAUACUACACCACUACCAUCCCGACAAGAUCGAAUUCGAGAUGCUGGACCCGUAUGACAUCCAGAGUAACAAUAAAAAGGCGUUCGACGGCUUCGCCGAGUGCGGCAUCUCGCGGCUCAUGGGGCCCUCGGACAUGUUCAUGCUGGCCGUGCCUGACCGGCUCAUCGUCAUGACGUACCUGAACCAGAUCCGCACGCACUUCACGGGCCAGGAGCUCAGCGUGCUGCACAUCGAGAAGGACGGCGGCGAGUCCAGCUACGGCGUGGCGGCCGACCGCGAGAGCCGGGAGAGUGCCGACCCGCAGGCCGCCGCCCGCUACUACGCCCAGAAGCUCCAGGAGGAGGGCCUCGCCCUGGAGGCCAACGGCAAGACGUCCACGGUGACGGCGACGCCCGACAACGGGGAUGGCAGCAAGGCCGGCCGGGAGCUGGUGCCGCCGCCCCGGACCAAACGAGGGACUAACUUCCUGUCCAAGACGGGGUUCUCGCGCGUGAAAGACGCAGACCUGGUCAAGAAGCGCCGGUCGCUACGGAAGAGCGGCGGUUCGGGGGAGGAGCUGGAGAUACCCGGGGAGGUAGGAGGGCAGGAGGAGGGGGAAACUGCGCAGAGGAAAUUGGAAACGGAAGGAAGAGAGGCUGCUGAGGAGGGGAAGGCCGAGGAGAGCCAGGAUCCCAGCCAGUAUGUGCAGAGUGAGAUGGCGGCCCUGGAGUCGGAGCAGAAGCACGUUGACACCAGGGCCGCUGUGGUGGAGCGGGCCCUCAGGGGCCUCAUGGAGACAGGUAGUGACAAGGUGGAGGAGGAGAGGCUGAUCCAGGAAUGGUUCACGCUGGUCAACAAGAAGAACGCCCUGAUCAGACGGCAAGACCACCUGCAGCUUCUUGUGGAAGAGCAGGACUUGGAGCUGAGGUUCGAGCUUUUGAAGAAGGAGCUGACCGACAUGAUGUCAAUCGAUGAGGGGCAGAAGAGCCAGGCCCACAAGCACCGUGAGCAGCUGCUGCUGCAGGAGCUGGUCUCCCUGGUCAACCUGAGGGACCAGCUGGUCCACAACAUGGACGAGAAGGAGAGGGGGGCCAUGGAGGAGGACGCUCGUCUCGAGCGGGGGCUGGAGCAGAGGAGGAGGAAGUACGCCAAGCAGCAGAAGGAGAAAUGUGCGGUGCAGUAAGACUAGGAGAGGACCCUCUGAUCAUCACCAUGUGACCCGUCGCCUGCCUCACUCCGGACACAUGCUCUCUGUCUCUCUCUCUCUCUCUGUGAGCGCAUACACACCGGGCGGUCGUUUUGGGCAGCUUCGGAGCCGUCAAGGCCGGUCCACGUACUUUUUAACAAGGCACUGUGAACAGUGGAACAUUUUGACCUGCUUUCUUGCAGUUUGCAUGUGUGUUACAAUAGUUGACUUUUGUUUAUCACAGUGUGUGUGUGUGUGUGUGUGUGUGUGUGUGUGUGUGUGUCUUCUUAUGCGUGGUUGCGUUUGUUCUGUACUUUAUUAUAUCCCAACAUCCCGACAGAGGUCCCACCACUUCACAGCUUCAUUAUUUACAGAUAAAUGCUGAGCUGUUUGAUAUGUUACAGUGCGGGAAAAAUCCGGAAAAAACGUUCAUCAACGCAACACCGGCUGCACGCACUUUAGUUCGCUGUCUUGUUCAUAGGCUUGAGGUGUACCGGCUAGACGCAGGUCAGACAAGCCAAAGGAUGACUGUCAUUGCAUAAUGAUCAAAGGUCUCCACGGGAACGCGGCCCUCACAGCCUUUGCUUUGGUGAUGUCUGUGCAGCUUUCCGUCGCGUUGCCUCCCACCUCACCCACACCGUCUGUCCAAAUGUUGCGUUCCAAUUGACAAUCUAAAAACCACAUCUACGCAGAUUAUGGAAUUCAUUCAAAAGUAUGUUGGAUACGUUUAAUAUUUGAAGCAUGGAUUGAAAAAUGUUACAGAUGUUACUCUUCAAAGAAAACAAAAUGAAUCCCUUUGAA